AUGACCAAUCACUCAGCACAGUCCAACGGUAUGCAGAGCCUCCGGAAGGAGCACCUGUACAAGGUGCUGGUUAUCGGCGACCUGGGGGUCGGGAAGACUUCCAUCAUCAGGCGCUACGUCCACCAGACUUACUCCAACAACUACCGGGCAACCAUCGGAGUGGACUUCGCCCUGAAGGUGUUGAACUGGGACUCUGAGACUGUCCGGCUUCAGUUGUGGGACAUCGCAGGUCAGGAGCGUUUUGGAAACAUGACACGUGUGUACUACCGUGAAGCCAUGGGAGCCAUUAUAGUGUUCGAUGUGACAAGGCCCACAACCUUUGAGGCCGUCAUCAAGUGGAAGGAGGACCUGGACUCCAAGCUGAUGCUGACAAAUGGGCAGAGCAUUGCCACUGUGCUGCUGGCUAACAAGUGUGACCAGGGCAGGGAGUUGACCAACAGUGGCAUCAAAAUGGAUCAGUUCUGCAAGGACCAUGGCUUUGUCGGCUGGUUUGAGACCUCCGCUAAGGACAAUCUCAACAUCAGUGAAGCUGCAAACUUCCUGGUCAAGCACAUCAUGGCCACGGAGAAUGACAUCCUGAAAACCGUGGUACCGGACACCAUCUCACCGCAGCUCGACUCCAACAAGCAGAUGAGCUGCUCUGGCUGCUUCACAUAAUGAAAGGAGAGAGUGAUGGUGGGACAGAACAGAGUGGAGUCACAGUGGGACAAAGAGGGACAGGCACACCACAAGGCCUUCCUAGUAAAUCCAAGCAUCCACGGUACAGUGUGGCUUCUUUGUUCCAAACCGGAGCUGAACAUUUUAGUUUGUUGCAUAGUUUCUGCAGCAAAGCAGAGUUUGCAGACUGAACUUACUUGGACUCAGAAGCUGCACAUUUAUUUAAGAAUGUUUUGGUAAAUUGUCAUACUGUGAGUGUAAAGUUUUUGGCAGACAAACAAGUAUAACUAAGCAUAACGCCCACGUCAGUGCUCUUGGGCAUGAUGUAUUAGAUUAUUUAAAGUAUCAAACAAUCAACCCUGAUUUUGGGGCCGUUCCUUUUUAGGUGGUUCAGACUAUGUUCUUAUUUCUAACACUUCACUCCCUGACAAAACUGAACAAAAGGAGUAGAUACUCCCAGCAUGGCUGAUGCAACACACCUAAAGAUCAGCAGUAAUGACAGGACGGAAGCAGGAGUCUUGCUCAACCUAUAUCUGUUCUUCACAGUUUCGAGAAAGUAUGACUAUGUUGGUGCUCUCCCUCUUUUUAACCUCCACAUAAAACCGGUGAAAAAAAAUGUUAUUCUGUGAGAGCCAACUUUCAGUAGAUCCUAUAUUGUGAAAUUAUGUGAAUUUUGCACGUAGUUUUUUAAAAAAAAAAUGAUAUUAAGUUAUUUACUGUGUGCUUAUACAUGUGUAAUGCUGGUUUUUGUAUUAUCUUGUGUUACUUUAAAUCCUUGUUACAACUGACCACUGUGUAAGCCUUAUUUACUCAGCCAGUUUAAGUAACAAUACAUUUGUAUUUAUAGCAACAGCUUGGUUGGGGGGCAAUCAGCUACAAAGAAAGGGAGAGUUUAACACUUAGACACACAAACAUCCUGGAGCUUGUGUAGUGUAACUAGUCCUUUAUGGCCAGUGGGCAGUUCAGGUUUAAGUAAUCAAAAGCUUGUCCAACAUGUUUGCUUGUUAAUGGAAGAGACUGGUUGUUCUUCUAAAGUUCUUUGGCUCUUUCUAAAGUUUCUUUGGCUGUCUGACUAAAGCGAUUUCUGCAUUUUUCAGAACUGUUUGUGCGAGUUUGGUAUUUUUCUUCAUUAGAGGAAAAAUUGUGUUUAUUAUCUGGUUCUAAACUGGACACUCUCUUGAGUUCACUUGCCAAAGUCUAACCCUCAGUAUCCAUGGUAACUAGAUCAAGUCUCUUUUUUUCGUGGGUAUCCUCAAACAUCUGUGUGAAGCUAUUUCUCGCUGUGUUCACAACCAUACAGACACAAAUGUAUGCACACACGGAUCUUUCCACUCUCCGUUUCCUUGUUCCUUUUUUACCUCCUCUUUUCUCCUCUGCUCACCCACUCGAUCCUCCGUUAUUGUUUCUUCUCCUGAAAAACCCUCUGUGUCCUCUCUCGCAAUACAGUUGCUUCCUGUGUCAUCCUCAGCCUCUCUUUUCACAUUAUAACCUGCACAAAGCAAAGGCCUGUUUUUUCAUACUAUAACUUAAGACAGAGAUAAUUUGUGGCCUUAAAUAACUCCUAGAUUAGGGGUUUAAAAUGUGCCAUAAAUUGAUUAAAUUAAAGCGCAUUAUGUGGUGUGUUUCCAUUUACAUAAAUGUUCAGUAAGUAUAUAAUGACACACGGUACAUUGUGUUACUGUUCGUCAGCAGCGUUUUGCACAGUGUUUAUAAGCCUGAUCACAACAGUGUCAUGUGAUAAGGUGUGAAUUCCUGUUGGUAAUUUACAGCAUCCACAUUAGGGCGUAAUUGAUUUAAACAAUGCCUUCUCCACAGGAUUACAGUUUCACAGUGUUAGUUUGGCUCGUCAUCAGGGUGUGUGUGUGUGUGUGUGUGUGUGUGUGUGUGUGUGUGUGUCAUGAGCAUGCUGUCACACUACAGAUUUUUGAGCUGAUUUGGCCUGAAAAAGAACUGCAUGCUCACACACACACAUUCACACACAUUCACACGUUUCGCUAAAAGAGACAGUGGAUGAACUUCCAAGUUUUAUUAGUUCAGACAGAAAUGUGUGUUUGUGUGUGUCUUUGGGCUGAUCCAGGACUCUCAGGUUCUCAUUAGGAAGCCACAUGACUGUGUGGAUUAUUCUCUGCCUGAGGUAUUAGAUUUGGUCGUCUGCUCUUGGCUCACAUUGAAGACAUCUAACACCAACAACUCAGUAAAUGAUCCAAAAAUAUAACCACUUUGGAAGGAUUUUGUCAUCUGAAAUUCAUCAAGCAAUGUCAUUUUUUAAAAAUUACGUUUCAAAAUGUAAUUAAAAAUGGAACAACUGAAUAAACUUACU